AUGAAAUCACGACUUGAUGCUGAAGAGUUCUCGUCGAUGAUCCCAAUCGAACUAAUUACCAUAGAGAUAUUUUCGAGGUUGCCACUAAAGUCUAUUGCUAGAUGUCGUUGUGUAUCGAAGCGGUGGGCUUCGAUACUUGGCCGUCAAGACUUCACGGACUUGUUCUUCACCAAAUCGUUGGCUCGACCAAAGUUAUUGUUCGCCUCACAUAAAGGGAGUGAGAUUCUCUUCUUCUCCUCACCUCAGCUCAGCCUCGGAAGUGAAACCGUUACCGUUACAAGUACAAGUUUUGAGAUGUGGAUUCUAGUAGACCCUGAGAAACAUGAAUGGUCCAAACGUUUUUUCAAUUUACCUCCUAUGUGGAUAGACCCAGCUGCAGAGGAGUUCAUACGUUUUGUUGGAGUGACUGCUACAAAUGAAUUUGUUUUCUUAUCCUCCUUCACAUUCGCCCCUUUCUAUGCUUACUACUACAAUUUCGCCAAGGAAGAUAUAACAGGAUUUGAAAUCCAAGGAAUGGGAGCGUUUGAGAGGGGUUUUCCAAUUCUCAUCGGUCUAAACCAUGUGGAGGACGUGAAGCUUAUGGCGGGUGCUAGCUCUUGA